UCUACGAUCGAAAUCGAUGGAGGUGCUCAGUGAAGAAGUCGACGAUGACAGCGACGUUGCAGAAAAUCACCUGCUUAAAACCGAACCUUCUGGCUGUGUUUGUAACAAGGGGUGGGAGAACGAAUUCCUCUGUGGAUGGGCGCCGUCAUUUGAGCGAAAAAUUUCACGGAAGCCAACGAAACACGCGUCGUUAAGCAACACGCAUAAAGACGGAAAAUUACCGCGGACAGACUGUGGAUUUGUUUUUCGACAUUAUGAGAAAACUAGUCGCUACAUCGAACAGUACCGAGAAAAUCACAGCAGUGCCUUUUUGGUACGUGAGGAAGAAUGGAGACCAGUGUUUGGAGUUGAUGUACCAGAUCCAUACCUGCCUAAGGUCGGGAGUUCGAGCAAAACUGUUUUUGACCGGGUGAAGUUCAUUGAGGCCAUGACGUCAGACUACUGCAACGUGGCUGCUAUGAGGAGUGAUUUGCAGAACAUCUGUCUCACUGGAAAAAGGAAAGCGGGCGGCGAUCGCAAAGCGGUGCUGAACAAUGACACCAAGUUGAAUAGUGAGAGUUUACCGUUCAUUGUUACUGCUUCAAAUGGAAAGAAAGUUUCACAAAAACUUGGGAGAAGAAGACAGAGCACUACUUCAGAGGGAGACAAACCGGAUGCUGUUAUAAAUCGCCAGGAUGUCAUUCGAACUGCACCCGAAUCAACACGAGAUCCUAUUCUCCCUUGCAUGUCUUCCGUUCCCGACCUUCCGCAUAAAAUGGAAGACAAACCGAUUUUGAACUUGACCAAACAUACAACGGUGGAUGACUCAAAACGAUUCCAAAAGGAACGAAUCCGGCUUCCAAAGUUUCAACGGACGGAAUGUCACGUGAAAAAUAACCGCAAAGCAACAGACGAAACUAAUGUGCCUGUUAAAGAGGAAAAGAAGGAGAAACCAGUGAAAGAAGUACCAGAGAGCAGUGAUAGCGAUGAGAACGCCAUGAUCACAGCUCGAAAGUUAAACUCGACCGUAAAUCUACAAAUAGGUGGUUUCGUGCUACCCACAACAAGCUCCAAACCAAAGCCAGCGUACGUUACAGUUGGAAAGUGUGAAAUAUUUAGCUCCACGAACUCGUCUGGUUCAGAGCGGCGUAUUCGCAAAUCUUACGAAACGGCGAGAAAACUUCCAAGCAAAACCGCAUUUAUUCGGGUUUUAGGUCAUCAAACGGGCCCUCCACCAAAAAGUGCAAAUAAAAACGAAUCUAAGGGGGCUAAUAAAGAAAGACCAAAUACAAAGGAGAGAGCCCUCAUGAACCAAAAUUUACCGAUUCAUUACUUGACUCGGUUUGGUAGACGGAAAUUUCAUCACGUUUUGGAGGCGCGUUCGUUUAAACCUUCAGAAAAGAAACUUGGAGCCACAGCGCUAGCACAUUUUCAUCACUGAUUCAAGGAGGUCGUAAAUUGAGGAAAACUCAUGUCACGCCUCUACAUAUGCUAACUAGUGAAGCGGACUAGUAGCAGUUCUGUCUCCCUUCACCCAAUUUUAUCCUUAUCGCUGGUCAACUCUAUCGUACAGUGCUUUAGUUAAAGAUGAGAAAUGUCAUUUUCUCAUUACACCAGCCGAUUAUCUCAAUUUUUACGCCAUUUUCCGGCUAGGUGCCUAAUUAAUCACAGUAUACCAAAAUGAAAAUGAAGACGAGGGAUGAAGGCUGAGAAAUUUAGAGUUAAAACGACCGACGUCAUUUUCCCUAUUCGUCAAUUUUCAAAAAGCAUCCUGGUUGGUAUCUCUGAAACUUGGAAUGUAAAAACCUACGUUUCCUGUGGGUGAUUUUAUAAUAUUUCUAUCAUUGAGCUAUCCACUUUCCCUCGGUAGUUUAGAAGGGGGAUGCACCGUGCAUAAAUCGCUAUGCGAUAUAAAGUAGUGUUAGCGUUAUCCAUCUUUCGAACAAUUAGGGCCACGGAAGAAAUUGGUACAAGAAGACUGACAAAUUUAACAAGCUUAAAAAAUAAUUGUCUAUCUGUUAUUGUAUUUAUUUAUCACCGAGAUUUAAUAUAAAUACAAGAUAUUUUUAUUUUAGUGGUUUGGGAAAAUAGUCAUAUAAUAAUUGCCUGGAGAGAAAAGUAUUUGACUCGUCUGCUCCACUGCAUGGAGAGGUACAGACACAAUGUUAGUCCUUUAAGCUGUGGUCUAGGGUUCAUUCAAGACCACAUAUUUUGUUUAAUAUUUAUUUAUGUGCAAAUAAAAGUUGAGAAAUUCUG